CUGCGCGUGGGCGGCGCCGCCCGGAACUCCCCGCCGCGGCGGUCGCUGUGGAAACCGUGCCGGCGGCCCGCGGCGGAGGCACCGGGAAUGCAGCUGAAUGGAGCUGAAAGGGCCACAGAUGAAAGAACUUGAACACGUUUCUGAAAGUUUAAGAUGUGUCUGGCAGUGACUUGCUUACCUUAGUAACAAAGAAGAGUAUUUCAACAGCAGCUUAGGAUACCUGUAUGCCAAUUUAUUAACCUACUAACUGGAAUGCUGUUCUGACAACAAUUCUCCAUAGCAAACUACUGGCUUUGCUACAGUACAGUAGUGUUUUCUCUACUGAUAAUGCAGCUCAAUGGAGGAAAGUAAUGUUUUGAUAAGCAUGCGAGAAGACCAGUCUUUUCAUGUGCGAUACAGUGUAUUUAGACUUCAAAAAUGUGGAAGGCCAGUAAGCAUGGAUCCAUAUAGCUUCAAUUUGUUGCAGAGAUUCCUGUAGCUGUUGAAGCAACUUUUCUGGAGGUGUGCUCAAGUAGUAUUAAAUUUUGACUUCUUUUUUACCCAAACAAUUUUUAAUUCUCAUUCUCAUUUCCUUCCUAUGAUUCUGGUUGAAUUGAAAUAGCUGAUACUCAUCAGCUUUAGCUUUCUGUAUGGGGAAGAAAACACAACACCAAAAUGGAAAACAAAACACAUCUUUCAUAUGUAUAAGUGGUACUAAAUCAGGAUUGCAGAGUCAUAAGAUUGUUUCAAGUUCCUUCACAAAACAGUAAUGCUGCCUUUGCAUCUGGCAGUCUUUGAAAUAAUGUGAAAUUACUUGAGUGCAGAGAAUAUCAGAAAAAUUCCUGGUCCACAGCAUUCUCAAAUUGCAAAUAAGAACAUGAUUUUUUAAUGGGCUAACUCAAUUUAUAUGUCUGGAGUGACUUUUUUUGCCAUACAGGCAUUUUACUGAAAGCUCUACUGCAAUCCUUUCAAGCUAAAAAUGAGAGGAAAUGAACAUGAUUGUAUAAUGUUCUAAGGCUUCGCACUGAGGAGCACCAUAUUUUCUAGCCAUCACUUUAAUUAGGCAUGUCAGUUAACAUGAGGUGCCCGGAGAGAACCUCUUUGGAUAGGAUUAAGAUUACCCAAUGAUGUGUUUAAGUCUUAAACCUGCAGUUGCUGAUGGUGUAACAUGCUGUGCUUAAUCAUUUCUGCCUUUUUCUGUCUUACAUUCAACACCUGCACCAUGUAAUAAAAAACAAGUUGUGUGCUCUAGCAAUAGGAGUGCUUUAGCUUCUCUGAGAAGCUUCCAAAGUUGCCAUCACAUGUGUUAUGGAUAUCCAACCUGAGAAGUUGUGCCUGGGAAGAACUUCAUACUUCAGUUACCAUUUGCUAUUGGCAUCAUUACCGACUACCAAGCAGACAGUGUUUUUAAUUGCAAAAGUUAAAUAUGUCUGUCAUCUCACUGUGCUUAAGUUGUGGAAUGUCAAAGACCAGCAGGUAUGGUACUAUUUUGUGUUAGUAGCUUAUUUUACUUACAAUCCAGAUUCUUCUGGUUCUCUUGGCAAGUCAGUAGGUUUGUCAAAAAUGCUUUCUUUUUACUCUGGUUUCUGUAGAAUGUUGUAUAAAACUAUUUCUUUUCUGAUUUAGAAAAAUAAAUGUAAAAAUUGCAGGUACACUAAAUAUUUUGUUUCUGUGUCUUGUAGAAACAGCUGUCUUCUAGUGCUGCUGCUAAAACAGCUGUUGGAAAAGCAAACAUUUGUAAUUGUUACUGAUCUUGCAUAUAAAGGAAAGCAGACAUAUGUUUUGAACUAGAUUUCUAGAAUAUUUAUUCUUACAACCACGUAGAUAUUAUUAUUUGAUAUUUGAUAUUAUUUGAUAACAAAGAUAUAUUAAAUUAUGCAAAAUGUCUUAUUUUGGACUGCAGUGCCAAACAGCCAAAACAUAGUCCAUCUAGAAGAAAGACUUAAAACAAUACACCAAUUGACAAAGUCAUGGCCAACAUUUUUUGGCAGUAUUUGGCGCACGCUUUUUGAAUGAUUAGAGAAUGUCUCUUACUAAUUUUCUUCUCAAAAAAAUCUUCUAAAAGCAGAAUGGUGGCAUUUUUGUAAGCUUUGCUAAAAUGCAGAUGUUCCUAAAAAACUAGAGAACACUUCAGGAUUAUGACUCUAAAGCUGUCUUCCUCUCUACCUUCUGCCUUCCUACCCUCCUCAUAUCUCAAUUGUAAAGUACGAAAUUUUCAUGUAUGGUUGUUAACACUUCAUGAAACUUUAGCUUUUUACCUUUUGUAUGCCUGAAUUUGCAAUAGUGGAAGUGCAUAUGAAUAUUUUUUGGCAGCCACUGUUCUCUCUCAGAGCUCCUUUAUUCUUUGUUCAAAAUAUAAUCCACAGAUUCACUGAUAUCUUCUUUACUGCUUGCAGUAUUUUAUACCUGCAUAAAUAUAUGGUUAUUUGUUCAUAAUAAUCCAACAUAUUCCAGUGUCUUCUGGAUUUAUGGCUUUUCAUUAAAGUAACAGGAACUGACAUACAUUUGUUAAUUAAGUCUAUUUUUUUCUUUGCACUGAGAAUUUUCAUAGCAGUGACACUAUAGGAAAUAAAUUAUGAAGUAGUAGUGAAUUACAUAGGAAAGACCUUUAGGAGAAGUAGUCGUGGCCUUUGAUACACAAGAACAUUUGGACUUUUAAGAUGUUUGCUUUUAAUAAUACAUUUUGUAAGUUACUACAUUAGCUUCCUAAAAGUAAAAUUGACUUCUUCAGAGAUGCAGAGUUGGAAGGGAGAAAGCAAUUGCUGUGAGCCUGUUGUAAAUACUGCCACAUCCAUUUGUACCUCUGUGUCACCAUUACAGUGUUCAAUUCUUUGAUUAUUCUGCCUUCGCGAGCCUAUUAGUAAAAAGCUAAAACUACAUUAUUACAUUUGUCAAAAUCAGUAUUUGGCAGUAGUCACUUGAGUUUUAUUUCAUUGUUCUGAAAUUAUCUAGAUGGUGAAUAUUCAGUGUUUUAGGAUCCCUUUAGAUGCUGUAUAUGGACAAAGCAGUGUUUGGAUUUCCUCCUCGAGACAAAAAUAAAAGCAGUUGAAGCUUUUUGUUCCACUGCUAUGUUUGCAUAUUACUACUGAGGUGCCAAGUUUUGUUUCAGCCUUAGCUUCUGUAAUGUUAGAGAAUCAUAGUGGUUGGUUGUACUGAGGUGCUGACUUCCUGUCCUCAACAAAUGAAGAUCACCCUCGAAGUAAAAUGCACCUUUUCAGAACUCAAGAUUACUGGACAAAGUACUGCAUACAGAGUGACAGGCAUCUCUUUUUACUUAACCUAUGCAGGAUGGAGGCUUCUUGCCUGGAGCUGGCUUUGGAAGGUGAGCGCCUGUGUAAAGCAGGAGAUUGCCGAGCUGGUGUGUCUUUCUUUGAAGCAGCUGUUCAGGUUGGAACUGAAGACUUAAAAACACUCAGUGCUAUUUACAGCCAGCUAGGCAAUGCCUAUUUCUACUUGCAUGAAUAUGCAAAGGCCUUGGAAUACCAUCACCAUGAUUUAACUCUUGCAAGGACAAUUGGAGAUCUAGUGGGAGAAGCUAAAGCUAGUGGAAAUCUGGGCAACACCUUGAAGGUACUCGGAAACUUUGAAGAAGCUAUUGUUUGUUGUCAAAGACAUCUGGAUAUUUCCAGAGAGCUUAAUGAUAAGGUUGGAGAAGCUAGAGCACUGUAUAACCUGGGAAAUGUUUAUCACUCUAAAGGGAAAAAUGUGGCUUGUGCUGGAACACAUGAUCCAGGGGAGCUUCCAGAGGAUGUGAAAAAUGCUUUGCAAAAAGCUGCAAAUUACUAUGAGGAAAACCUGACAAUAGUCACAGAGCUGGGUGAUAGAGCAGCACAAGGACGUGCCUUUGGAAAUCUGGGAAACACACACUACCUUCUGGGCAACUUCAGGAGUGCAGUUUUAGCCCAUGAACAGCGUCUCCUAAUUGCAAAAGAAUUUGGUGACAGAUCAGCUGAAAGAAGAGCAUACAGCAAUCUUGGAAAUGCCUACAUAUUCCUGGGUGAAUUUGAAACCGCUUCUGAAUACUACAAGAGGACAUUACAGCUGGCUAGGCAGCUUAAAGAUAGAGCUGUGGAAGCACAGGCCUGCUACAGUCUUGGAAACACAUACACUCUGCUUCAGGACUAUGAGAAAGCAAUUGAUUAUCAUUUGAAACACCUUGUGAUUGCUCAGGAAUUAAAUGACAAAAUUGGUGAAGGAAGAGCAUGCUGGAGUUUAGGGAAUGCAUAUACUGCUCUGGGCAAUCAUGACCAAGCUAUGCACUUUGCUGAGAGGCACCUGGAGAUCUCCAGAGAGGUAGGAGAUAGAAGUGGGGAACUCACUGCUAGACUUAAUCUCUCAGAUCUUCAAAUGGUUCUUGGAUUAAGCUAUAGCACAAACACCUCCAUGAUAUCAGAAAGCCAUGCGGUAGAUAACAGUCUGAAUGGUACCCGGCCAAGGGUAGGACGUCGUCACAGUAUGGAGAACAUGGAACUUAUGAAAUUAACACCAGAAAAGGUUCAGAAUUGGAACAGUGAGAUUCUUGCUAAACAGAAACCACUCAUUGCCAAACCUUCAGCAAAACUGCAUUUUGUAAAUCGACUCAAAGGCAAAAAGUAUAAAAACGGCACCGCUUCCAAAGUUCUGCAGGAUGCCAGUAAUUCUAUUGACCACCGCCUUCCCAACUCUCCGAGGAGAAACAGUCGAGAAACAGUGGCAGAUGAAGGGUUCUUUGAUCUGCUGAGCCGAUUCCAGAGUAACAGGAUGGAUGAUCAGAGAUGCCACUUCCAGGAGAAGAACAGAUUCUCAGCUGCUUCAGUAGCAACGUCCUCUACUCCACCUAAAACAAUACGAAAGUCCUUUUCUGCUUCCGUAGUCUCACCCCACACUGAUGACUUUCUGGAUUUACUUGCGAGCUCACAGAGCCGCCGCCUCGAUGACCAACGCGCCAGCUUUAGCAAUCUACCUGGCCUUCGUCUUAACCAUCGCACCAGUCCAUCUGUGUUGGGCCACUUAAUGGCCAGUAACAACAGAGAGCUAGAUGAGGACUUCUUUGAUAUAUUAAUCAAAUGCCAGGGUUCUAGACUGGACGAUCAAAGAUGUGCUCCUCCAUCAUCUGCAAAAGGACCAACUGUACCAGAUGAGGACUUUUUCAGCCUCAUUGUACGAUCCCAAGCUAAGAGAAUGGAUGAACAAAGAGUCCACUUACCCUCUGCUAUAAAAGGACCGAGUUCUAGCUGAGGAGAAACACAGGCUCAUACUGUACAGUAGCAUCUUAAGUUUCAUUUUUGUUUGCUGGAAAAACAUACGUGUCUUUUUACAAAGGACUGCAAUUAGUAGUUUUGUCUCCUUUAUAAUCACUUUUUGUACAAUAGCAGCACUGCACUUGUGAUUGGUAGUUGGAGUUGUGUCUUAGUAUCAGGCAGCUACUUCUAGCUGUGUCUGAGAUACAGGUUACUGUAUCUCCCUCUUAAUCGCCUCUAGUUUAUGAACAUUAACAGCAUUUUUUUUCUCUCUCAAGGUAUUGUUGUUGCUGGUGUGCGAUCUCUACCACACCUAGUUUGAGACUUAGGUUUGUAUGCUCUUUAUAAGGAUAAAGACUUGAUUUUUUUUCUGAUUUGUACCUCCCUGAAAAAAGGUCCCAUUUUCUUUUAUACUUUUUUUUAAUAAAAGUAAUCGAGAAAUUACUUCAGUACUGAGUCUGACUUUGCUUCUUCCAAUCUGUGUUUCUGCAUCAUGUUAAUUAA